AUGUCAUUCUGGCGAAAGAUCUGCUGCUGCUUUGCUGGAGACGAUAUAAAUGUUGGUGAUAACACAAGGCUACUUCCUAAAUCAGAAAAGUAAUCAUAAGUCAGAUCAGACCCUGCAACUCAAAAACUAUGAUCUCCCUACAUUGUGUUUAUCUAUGGAGUUGGGCCAACUGAUUUACAUUUAAAGCGAAUCCCAGACUCUUUUGGAAAGCAAGGGAUCAUCAAAAUUGCUUGUGGGUCUGACCAUGUCUUGUUUUUAACCGAAGUUAAUUAUGUACUUUCUGCAGGAAAUAACACCUAUGGUCAGUGUGCAAGAGACCCAAAACUUUUAGAAGAAAACAAAAGCAAUGAAGAAAUUGUCUCAGAAUCCAGAAUAAAUGAAAAACUUAGCGCAUUUAAUAUCCCUGGGUUUAAGGUGAAGCAUAUAUAGAUUGUUGAUAUUGCUGCAGGGGCAUAUCAUUCUUUGAUUCUUGUAAAAGAAGAAAUAUCAAAUGGGGAUGGAGUUGUGAUGGCUUUUGGGCAUGAAACUGGCUGCGGAUUUUUGGAUAGAGAACAUAGACAUAUCCCAACAGAAGUCCCAUUGCGAGAAAAAUACCAAGAAAGUGUUAAUUCUAUUUUUGCUGGACAAAUGAGAUCAGCUGCAGUUUUACGUAAAAUUUAAUCAGAAUCUGGAAAAAUCCUUAUAUGAGGUGAAUGGUUUAACGGGCUAAAACAACGAGAACCAAAAGAGCUUCAAUUUGAACUUCCAGCUGGAGACAGCAUAAAAAGAAUUUCUAUGGGAAAAAUGCAUGCAAUCUUAUCAACCCAGUCAGGAAGAGUAUACUCAGUAGGUGACAAUACUUAUGGCGAACUUGGAUUCCCUAGAGAAAUCACUUAUAAAUCCGCUCCAGGGCUGAUUCCUUAUUUUAAGAAUCUACCAGUGCUAGAUGUAGCUGCUGGGGCUAGACAUUCUGUGGUACUAGAAGAGUCUGGAAAAGUCUUUGCAUUUGGAGAUAACAGUGAAGGCCAAUGUGGAAUCGAUGCCAAUAGGAGCUAUGAGCCUCAAGAAAUUGAAACAAGAGGAAUGCUUGGGGAAUCUGAUGUAACGACUAGGUUUAUAUUUUGUGGAGAUUCACAUUCUGCGUUGUUGACAAGUGAAGGAGAUUUGUUCGCUUGGGGAGAUAAUACUGCUGGAAGGCUAGGGAUUAAGUCAGGAAAUUCUAUAUUUAGACCUAGAAUGGUGGAUGAACUGAUUGGAAGAAAUAUUUGUGCGGUAGGGCUAGGAGGAACUUUUAGUUCUAUUAUAGUUGGACCUUAUAGCGGAUCUUUACAAGCAAAAACUCUGAAUAUUCUUAAUCAAUCUUCAGGAGUUGAGAACUCAUCAUUUCAGCUAUCAACAAAAGAGUAA